UGUGUCGACCCAUAAGACCCCCACAACAAAAACGGCAUAUUUGGGCGUUUUUCCUAUCUCUCUCGAACGCUCUGGUUUUUUUAUCUGCCUCAGAUGGUAAACUAAGCAAGAAUCUCUCUCUGCAAAAAUAGAAUUGAGAAAAUCGUAGCUUCUAGGGUGUAACAUCGCAGUUGCAGAAGGGUUAAAGCGUGGAUACAUUGACAAGGGAGGAUGUAUAACGGGAUGAUGGAUCCUGAACUCCUUAGGUUAGCUCAAGAACAAAUGAGCAGAAUAUCCCCUGAUGAACUUGCCAAGCUUCAGCAACAAAUGAUGGCCAAUCCGGAGUUAAUGCGUUUAGCCUCAGAGAGUAUGAAGAAUAUGAGGCCUGAAGAUCUAAGAAGUGCUGCAGAGCAGCUAAAAGACACAAGGACAGAAGAUAUGAUGGACAUAGGAGAGAAAAUUGCAAAGGCUACACCAGAAGAAAUUGAAGCCAUGCGUGCUCAUGCAGAUGCAAAAAUUUCUUAUGAAUUAAAUGGAGCUGAGAUGCUAAAGAAGCAGGGAAAUGAUCUUCAUGCCCAAGGGCUGUACAAAGAAGCUGCACAGAAGUAUUUGCUUGCAAAGACCAACUUGAAAGAUGUACCUUUCUCCAAAGCAAGAACUCUCCGAAUGGCAUGUUCACUGAAUUUAAUGUCGUGUUACUUAAGAUCCAGUCAGUAUGAAGAUUGCAUCAAAGAAGGUUCUGAGGUUUUGGCAUAUGAUGCUGGGAAUGUCAAGGCCCUUUACCGCCGUGGUCAAGCAUAUAGAGAAUUAGGAAAAUUACAAGCAGCUGUUAAAGACUUGAGUAAGGCCAAUACUAUUUCUCCUGCUGAUGAAACGAUUGCAGAAGUUCUGAGAGCAGUGAAAGAACAACUGGGAAAAGAAUGUGGAGAAUUCCAAAUGUCAGAAGGGUUGGUCAUUGAAGAAAUAACAGAGGAAGAGAGUGAGCCACUGCCAUCAAAUUACAAAGAAGGUUCUUCAUUUGCGGGAUACCCUGUGAUAGAAUGUGAAGAUCUUGGGGAAAGUCAAGAUCAAUGCAGAUCUUCCAGAAAAGGCUCUGGCAUUCAAGGAACAGAUGCUGAGGCUGAGUGUUUGAAAAAUUUGCAAGGCAACCCAGAAGCCAUGAGGACUUUCCACCACAUGAUUUCGAAUGCUGAUCCUGAAACCCUUGCUACUUUGAGUGGUAGUGGGAUUUCACCUGUAAUGAUCAAGACAAUGAGUGAUAUGGUUAAAAGAAUGUCACCUGAGGAGCUUCAAAAGAUGAUUGAAGUUGCUUCUUCUUUGAAUGGAAAGAACACACUGUUUGAGAAUACAAUGAACAUGAAUGGGCAGAGAACAAGUACAGGUUCAGUUCCUUCUGAGAUUGAGAAGCAUGAAGGGGGAGAAAGUACCACUCGUGACUUCUCUCAAACUUCAAGAGCAAGUACAUCUUCAGUGAGUGUUCCUAGUACAACUGGGGACAUGCAAGAGCAAAUAAGAAAGCAGAUGAAAGAUCCAGCCAUGAGGCAGAUGUUUGGUUCUAUGGUUAAGAACAUGAGCCCAGAAAUGAUGACAAGUAUGGGUGAGCAGUUUGGGUUCAAGAUCUCAAGAGAGGAUGCAUUGAAAGCUCAACAAGCAAUGUCAUCACUUUCUCCUGAGGAUUUGGACAAAAUGAUGCGCUGGGCAGAGAAACUACAAAAAGCAACUGACUGUGCGAAGACAACGAAGAACUGGCUCUUAGGAAGACCAGGAUUGAUCUUCGCGCUCUGCAUACUCAUCUUAGCCAUUAUUCUUCACUGGAUGGGUUUCAUUGGUGGUUGAUUCAAGCCAUCUCUUUUGGACGUGUGCCAUGCUUAUGAAAUGAUGGAAGAGAGGGAAUGGUCCAUCCAUAUUAUGGGUAUGUGUGCCAAAGGUCCAGCUUAUUGAUUGCUCUCUAUUGAUAGAGGAAUAUGCCUGGUUCUAAGAUUAUUGUAAUUUAUCAAGGCAGGUAGUAGAGAUAGAGAAAACUGGUGGGUGAAGAGACCUGCUAUUUACUCUCUUUGUUUUUUCUUUUCCUUUUUGUCAAAGAGAGUUUCCUUUGGGUUCUCUGUUACUAUUUGUGUAUUAUUCACCUCCCUGGUUUUUCUGACAGCUCAUCAUAACUGUUCAUUGUUGAGUAUGUAUGAUAGAUAUGACAUUUAGCAUAUUAUUUGUAUUCCGCA